GGCUAGGGAACAGCACGGAGCCAGUGAAGCAUCCAGCCUGCCAAACGAGCCAGGGUUUGGGGUCAGGAACCGGUCUGACAACAGAAUGGCAAUCCUGCGUGCAGGCUGUCACUAGGACUUUUCAUACCAGGAUGAACCCCACCGAACGCUGGAUCUAAAGGCUACAAACAGACGGAAAGAAUGCCAGAAUAUAUUUCAGGGCAUUGUGAGUGCUGCUGAAGAUGUCUGAUAGUGCGGGCACUGAAGAGAAACCUCCAGCCCCGCCCCUGAGAAUGAACAGCAACAACAGAGACUCUUCAUCAGCCAAUCACAGCUCUAAACCCCUUCCAAUGGCUCCAGAGGAGAAGAACAAGAAGGCUCGUCUGCGCUCGAUAUUUCCAGGAGGUGACAAGACCAAUAAGAAAAAAGAAAGGGAGCGUCCAGAGAUUUCUCUGCCCUCUGACUUCGAACACACCAUACACGUCGGCUUUGAUGCAGUUACCGGAGAGUUUACGGGCAUCCCUGAGCAGUGGGCACGACUCCUCCAGACGUCCAACAUCACCAAGCUGGAGCAGAAGAAGAACCCACAGGCCGUGCUGGACGUUCUCAAGUUCUACAACUCCAAAGAGACCGUCAACAACCAGAAAUACAUGAGCUUUACCUCUGGAGAUAAAUCAGCACAUGGUUAUAUAGCACCUAAUCCUCUGAAACGCCUCCUGUCUGGGCCUGCUCUCACCAUUAGAUCCUGCAGCGCAUUAUUUGACAAGGCUACAAAGACCACAACUGAGCCGCCACUAGCCCCCCCUGUGUCAGAGGAGGAAGAGGAGUUUGAUGAAGAGGAUGAAGAAGACGAUGACGAGGAGGAGGAAGAUGAAGAAGAAGAUGAUGAUGACGAGCCUCCGCCUGUCAUUGCUCCUCGACCGGAGCAUACAAAAUCUAUCUUCACCCGCUCUGUCCUUGAGCCAGCUCUACCCACUGCUCCUGUCAAAGAGGAGUCCAAAUCCCCUGAAUCGCUGGCCCCGGAGAACACCUCCAGCGCUCUGUAUCGACACACGGACCGUCAGAGGAAGAAGUCCAAGAUGACAGAUGAGGAAAUACUAGAGCGAUUGAGGAGCAUUGUGAGUGUGGGAGACCCAAAAAAGAAGUACACGCGCUUCGAGAAAAUAGGACAAGGAGCUUCUGGGACUGUGUACACGGCCAUCGACGUUGCCACAGGACAGGAGGUGGCUGUAAAACAGAUGAACUUGCAGCAGCAGCCAAAGAAGGAGCUCAUUAUCAAUGAGAUCUUGGUGAUGAGGGAAAACAAAAAUUCCAACAUCGUAAACUACCUGGACAGCUACCUGGUGGGGGACGAGCUGUGGGUCGUGAUGGAGUACCUCCCCGGGGGCUCCUUGACCGAUGUCGUUACCGAGACCUGCAUGGACGAGGGUCAGAUCGCGGCUGUCUGCAGAGAGUGUCUUCAGGCGCUGGACUUCCUGCACUCCAACCAGGUGAUCCACAGGGACAUCAAAAGUGACAACAUCCUGCUGGGAAUGGACGGGUCUGUGAAACUCACGGAUUUUGGCUUCUGCGCCCAGAUCACCCCAGAGCAGAACAAACGCAGCACCAUGGUGGGCACGCCCUACUGGAUGGCCCCUGAGGUGGUGACCCGCAAAGCCUAUGGCUCCAAGGUUGACAUCUGGUCCCUGGGCAUCAUGGCUAUUGAGAUGGUGGAAGGGGAGCCUCCAUACCUCAACGAAAAUCCUCUCAGGGCCCUGUAUCUGAUUGCUACCAACGGAACACCUGAGCUCCAGAACCCAGAGAAGCUGUCCGCCGUGUUCCGCGACUUCCUCAACCGUUGCCUAGAAAUGGAUGUUGACAGGAGAGGAUCUGCGAAGGAACUCCUACAGCACCCGUUCCUGAAGUUAGCCAAACCCCUCUCCAGCCUGACGCCCCUUAUUGUAGCUGCUAAGGAAGCCAUAAAGAAUAGCAGUCGCUAAGGGAAGGGAUGAUGCCCAGCCAAAGAGACCUCCUGGAGAACAUCGACCCCUCUGUUCAUGAGACACGGGGGUCAUGUGACUGAUGGGACAGCACAAGGACAAAUAUACUGCCUUUCCAAGGAGCAAUUAAAGGGCAUCUGUGCUUUUGCUUUUCUCUGGACCACCAACUAAUUUAUGUCUCAUUAAGCAUUCUUUUAAAUGUCUGAUUGUGGCGUCUGUCAGAAUCAGGUCCAGUGAUGGACCCUAGCUUUGCAGAAGCCAUCUCCGAGUAUGGUUAAAAAAAGAAAACUUGUGCUUUUGCAGUUCUCUGGAUUCAGAAAGGCAUCAGAGAGAAGUGAGAAGAGCCUCUUUUUUAAACUGCAAACCUCAAUUUCUACCCUCUUAAGACUGGACCUUGGUCCCUGAACUCCCCCUUGAGUUUUCGUUUGGACCAUCAAAUCUCAUCCAUGCUGAACAUUUCAAAAAGAGAUGCCAGAGAUUAAUGCUGACCAAGUGUACCAUGCUGACUCCUCAAUACAAGUGCAUGACAAAUUAUCUGCCAAUUUUAUGUAAUGAGCUGGCUGAAAUUAUGUGUGCCUGCUUCGGGAGAGUUUGAAGAGUUUGAAUUGAGAGAAAUGAAGGCAAAUGUGUAAAUACUGUGAAAUGAAAACCUGUUGUGGGCUAGUCCAGCAUUUAAAACGGAAGUGAUUGGACUGCAGAAUAAGCAAAUAUAUACUGUUUUAAAUUAAAUUCCCAAGAACCUGCAAAAUACCCUUUUGUCCACAUAUAGUGGAUAGAAUGGAGUGGAAUUGGAUGAAAACUAAGAACAUGUCUUUUUCAAUGAGAAAACAAAAAAAAAAGUAUUUGGAAAGGAGAUUCCAUGUGCAUUAUGACAGGCCAUUAGUACAAACUAUUGGGAUUCGUGAAUGGAUCAGGGACAUAAGCCGUAUGUGUGCUGCGUAUUUAUAUCUCUCCACGAAAUAUGUAUAAAAUUUUGCAAUGGGUGACAUUUUUUAAACAACUUAAAUUACAAUUUUCUGUCUCAGUAGCUACGUCCUCAAAAUUAUGUUGGGAAAAACUUCAAGUGUUUACAAAUCCAUAGGCUAUAACAAGUGAUUGUGUAUCGUUUUGUGAUUGCUGCCCUAUUUUGUUACCAUCAGAAACUACUUAAAUUCAGUUGUUUCAUAUUUCUUCAUUUCCUUAUGGGACCUUGAGCAAAUACUUCAGUGAGAACAAACCAUUACAUUGGAUACGGUCAAAAAUUCUGAGUGGGAAGUAUAACCAUCGAAGUAUCCACCAUGGUUUGUUUCAAAUUCUGCCAAUUCCUCUUUUAAACAAAUAUGGCCUUGUAAUCUUUCAUAACUUUUGCUCCUUUAAUUAGUUUGUAGUUUUGUCAAAAGGAUGUGGAAUGUGAAAGGUAAAUAUGUUUUAAGGUUUUACAUAAUUCUUUUAGAGUCUGUGAACUUCACACUGAGAGGGUGGGGGAGGGGGCAGUGGUGGUUGAGUUGAGAGCAGUUGUUUCCUAUGGAUUACUUUCUUAAUAAACAUAAACAUGACGCACAACAUUAGGAUCUAUAUCCAUUUGUGCAAUUGUACUGUAAUUCUCUGCUCCUGUAAUUCUUCAACACCCGCUGCAUGGGUGGCUGUGUGUAUGGCUGGAGAUGGCUGACAGCACUGCACCUAGGAGGAUACCUCAUCUUCUGGGGAGGCUACCUCAGCCAGCCCUGGAUGCUACUGUUACUGCUGUGAAACAUCACUAUUUGGGCUCUGGAUAGGGACACUGUGGCUGGGAUCGUACCCCAAUAAGUCUUCUCGGAACCCCUACUAAGAUAUGAGUCACAAAGGAAAGUGACUCAUUCUAUUGACACCCCCUGCUGGAAGAUAAAAUGGGUGACCUACUUUACUGGUUACUGGGGUAUUAAAGGAAGGAUGCUUGUUAUUUUUCAUUUGAACAAACAGUAAAUAUUUCCAAUCAACUUAGACCUUCAAAACAGCUGGGCAACAUAUGACCCUUUCUAGAUCAAGUAAGAGGAGGAGAAAGCCUUCCUCAUGUAGGCUUUUACACAGGAAAGCAGUUCUGCACUGUGAUACUGUGCAGCGUGUAUCCACAGGUAAAGGGCACUUACCAUAAGCUUGUAAAGGCGGUGUUGGCCCUGGUGUCUGUCUGGGAAUUUUGUCUAAAUGCCUGAGACUAUGAGCACAAAAUGCAUCUUUAGCAUCCUACAUUCCCCUGUACAUUCCUUUUUUUCUGGAUCAUGUGACCUGUACAUGUGAUGUGAAAUUGCUUUUGAAAUGUAUAUCCAGAAAAAAAAAGCAGAAAUAAAGAUUGUUUUAAAUAAUUAAAAAAAUUUACAAAUCAAAGCUGCUGAACCAUCUCUUGUACCUUGGCAAACUUUGUUUUCCCUUUUAAAAAACAAAAUAAAAAAGCAAAAGCAAAAAUAAUUUCAUUUUAAAAAAUGAAAGUUUUCAAUAUGCUAUUUUUACUUGUGGUUGAAGCAAUAGAAUUUUUUGAAUUAUGAAUUGUGCAUGACUGUCUUGAGUGUAAUACAAAAUAAACAGUUUGAAAAGUGGACUGAAAUAAAAAAUGAAAAAUUCUGAA